AUGGAAAUUGAGGCCAGAGGCUUUAUAGCGCCGCUCAAGGACCCGCCCUGCUGCCCAUCUUUGCAUAUCCUGGUAGAUACGGGCAGCAGUAAUUUGGCAGUCGGAGCAGCUCCUCACCCCUUCCUCCGCAGAUACUACCAUCAGUCGGAGCAGCUCCUCACCCCAUCCUCCGCAGAUACUACCAUCGGGCGGAGUGUUCCUGUUCCCUACAGACAGGGGUGCUGGAAGGGGGAGCUGGGCACUGAUGUGGUCUCCCUACCCCAUGGGCCCAACGCCUCACUGAGGGCCAACAUCGCAGCCAUCACCAAGUCGGACCACUUCUUCAUCAAGGGCUCCAACAGGGAAGGAAUCCUGGGAUUGGCCUAUGCUGAAAUCGCACGGCCAGACAAGACGCUGGAGCCUUUCUUUGACUCACUGGUUCGUCAGACAAAUGUACCCGACCUUUUCUCCCUGCAGCUGUGUGGUGUUGGAUUCACCAAGACUUCCAGGUGUAAUCCUGAUGGCAUGAAUAGUUUGAUCAUUGGUGGCACGGAUCCUUCUCUGUAUACAGGAGACCUGUGGUACACUCCUAUUCGUCGGGAGUGGUAUUAUGAGGUCAUCAUUGUGCGCAUUGAGGUCAAUGGACAGGAUCUCAGCAUGGAUUGUAAAGAGUAUAACUAUGAGAGUAUUGUGGACAGCGGCACAACAGACCUGCGCCUCCCUCGUAUAGUUUUCCAGGCAGCAGUGAAGGCCAUUGAAGCAGCCGCCUCUACUCAGCUGUUCCCCACAGGCUUCUGGUUGGGAGAGGCGCUGGUGUGCUGGCAGGCGGGCACUACCCCCUGGCACAUCUUCCCCGUCAUCUCCCUGUACCUGAUGAGCGAAAACCGCAACCAGUCCUUCCGCAUCUCCAUCCUGCCACAGCAGUACCUGCGACCUGUAGAGGGCAUGGGCCUGCCGCACGAGGACUGCUACAAGUUUGCCGUGUCCCAGUCCAGCACAGGUACCGUCAUGGGUGCCGUCAUCAUGGAGGGCUUCUAUGUGGUGUUUGACCACCAAAACAAGCGCAUCGGCUUCGCUGUCAGCACUUGCCAUGUGAACGAUGAGUUCUGUACGGUCUCCGUUGAGGGACCCUUCCACGGCGUUGACCUUGAGGACUGCGGCUAUAACAUCCCACAGACGGAUAACCAUCGUCAAAGGUUUUGCAUGAGGGACGUGUAAUACUGAUA